UCACCAUUCACACAAUUGAACAGAAAAGAAAAGGGAUAAGGAACCAAACCGAGAGAGCUCUAAGCAAAAAAUGAGCUACUCAUUGAGCCUCCAUGUUCCUAAAGCUCUACCUCCUCUUCCCUAUUCAUCACGUUCCAUUCCUUCUCUCUUCAUUGCUUCCAAACUCAAACCAUUCCAUAACAAUACUACUCCUUCCAGCCAAUCACUUCAUUUGCAGAUAGUAAAAUGCAGCAGCCACAAGCCAAAUAAUCCCGUCAGUCUAAACAAAACAAGUUUGGCACUGCCCAUAGGAGCAGUGCUCUUGGCCUUGGCAGAGCAUCCAGCAGCAUUAGCAGUAACUGGACAAAAUAAUAAUCCACAAGAACUCUCAUGGAUUUUGACACAAUUGGGGGUUGUACUUUUUUUCUACUUCCUUGUUGCGCCACCAAUGAUAAUGUACUGGCUUUGGAAAAGAUGGUACAGAAGAAAGCUUGUGGAGAUGUAUUUCCAAUUCAUGUUUGUCUUCAUUUUCUUCCCAGCGAUUAUUGUUUGGGCACCGUUUCUUAACUUCAGGAAGUUCCCACGGGAUCCAUCGUUGCAGUAUCCUUGGUCUAUACCUGAAGAUCCUUCAACAGUAAGAAAUGCAUAUUCAAAAUACCCAUUUGCAGAUCCUGAAGAUUAUGAUUAACCAUGACCAAAUCAUAUGUAUGAUUUUAUUUCUAAACUAUAGUUCUCUCAAACUACACUUUAUUUUAUGUAUAGGAUUAUAGUGCCUCUUUCUCCUUUUGAUUGUUGAAUGGGAUUCAGUUGUAAAAAUUUAAGUCAACGCUUAAUUCAAAGUUAAUACCAAAUUUUCACUUUCAAUGUUGAA